CGUCAGCGGCGGCGCGCGCCUGGCUGGGCCCAGCCGAGCGGGAGGGACCGAGCGAGGGAGCGAGGGGAGCGGCGUCGCCGGAGCCAAGCCGCGCCGCCGGCCCGCCAGCCCGCGCUCCAGUCCGCCGUGUCUAGCAGCGGGGCCCAGCAUGGUCAUGGCGGAUGGCCCGAAGCACUUGCAGCGCGGGCCGGUCCGGGUGGGGUUCUACGACAUCGAGGGCACGCUGGGCAAGGGUAACUUCGCUGUGGUGAAGCUGGGGCGGCACCGGAUCACCAAGACCGAGGUGGCGAUAAAAAUAAUAGAUAAAUCUCAGCUGGAUGCAGUGAACCUUGAGAAAAUCUACCGAGAAGUACAAAUAAUGAAAAUGUUAGACCACCCUCACAUCAUCAAACUUUAUCAGGUAAUGGAGACCAAAAAUAUGUUAUUUGUGACAGAAUAUGCCAAAAAUGGAGAAAUUUUUGACUACCUUGCUAAUCAUGGCCGGUUAAAUGAGUCUGAGGCCAGGCGCAAAUUCUGGCAAAUCCUGUCCGCUGUUGAUUAUUGUCAUGGUCGGAAGAUUGUGCACCGGGAUCUCAAGGCUGAAAAUCUCCUGCUGGAUAGCAACAUGAACAUCAAGCUAGCAGAUUUCGGUUUUGGAAAUUUCUUUAAAAGUGGUGAACUGCUGGCAACAUGGUGUGGCAGCCCCCCUUAUGCAGCCCCAGAAGUCUUUGAAGGGCAGCAGUAUGAAGGACCACAGCUGGAUAUUUGGAGCAUGGGAGUUGUUCUUUAUGUCCUUGUCUGUGGAGCUCUGCCUUUUGAUGGACCGACUCUUCCAAUUUUGAGGCAGAGAGUUUUAGAAGGAAGAUUCCGGAUUCCUUAUUUCAUGUCAGAAGAUUGUGAGCACCUUAUUCGAAGGAUGUUGGUCCUAGACCCGUCCAAACGGCUAACGAUAGCUCAAAUCAAGGAGCAUAAAUGGAUGCUCGUAGAAGUUCCUGUACAGAGACCUGUUCUCUAUCCACAAGGGCAAGAAAAUGAACCAUCCAUUGGGGAAUUUAAUGAACAGGUUCUGCGAUUGAUGCACAGCCUUGGAAUAGAUCAGCAGAAAACCAUUGAGUCUUUGCAGAACAAGAGCUAUAACCACUUUGCUGCCAUUUAUUACUUGUUGGUGGAGCGCCUGAAAUCACAUCGGAGCAGUUUUCCCGUGGAGCAGAGACUCGAUGCCCGCCAGCGGCGGCCUAGCACCGUGGCUGAACAAACAGUUGCCAAGGCACAGACGGUGGGGCUCCCAGUGACCGUGCACUCACCAAACAUGCGGCUGAUGCGGUCCGCUCUCCUCCCUCCGGCGUCCAACGUAGAGGCCUUUUCAUUCCCGGCGUCUGGCUGCCCGGCGGAAGCAGCAUUCAUGGAAGAGGAGUGUGUCGACACGCCAAAGGUAAACGGCUGUCUGUUGGACCCCGUGCCCCCUGUCCUGGUGAGGAAGGGGUGCCAGUCGCUGCCCAGCAACAUGAUGGAGACUUCCAUCGAUGAGGGGCUGGAGGCAGAGGGAGAGGCUGAGGAAGACCCCAGUCAGGCCUUCGAUGUGUUCCAGGCCACACGCAGUGGGCAGAGGCGGCACACUCUCUCAGAAGUGACCAAUCAGCUGGUCGUGGUGCCUGCUUCAGGGAAAAUUUUCUCCAUGAGUGACAACCCCUCCCUUGACAGUGUGGACUCUGAGUAUGAUAUGGGGUCUGUUCAGAGGGACCUGAACUUUCUGGAGGACAACCCUUCCCUUAAGGACCUCAUGUUAGCCAAUCAGCCCUCCCCACGCAUGACGUCUCCCUUCAUCAGCCUGAGACCUGCCAACCCAGCCAUGCAGGCUUUGAGUUCCCAGAAGCGAGAGGCCCACAACAGGUCGCCAGUGAGCUUCAGAGAGGGCCGAAGGGCGUCGGACACCUCCCUCACCCAAGGAAUUGUGGCAUUUAGACAACAUCUUCAGAAUCUGGCCAGAACCAAAGGAAUCCUAGAGCUGAACAAAGUGCAGCUACUGUAUGAACAAAUAGGGCCAGAGGCAGGCCCUGACUCGCCACCCGCUGCUCCUCAGCUCCAGGGCCUCACCGGCAGUUGCCCUCAGGAGGAAGUUUCUCAGCAGCAGAAAACGGUCCCUGCUGUGCCCAGCAGUGUGCAUCCUCAGCUUUCCCCACGCCAGAGCCUGGAAGCCCAGUAUCUACAGCAUAGACUCCAGAAGCCCAGCCUUCUGUCAAAAGCCCAGAACACCUGUCAGCUUUAUUGUAAAGAACCACCACGGAGCCUUGAGCAGCAGCUGCAGGAACACAGACUCCAACAGAAGCGACUCUUUCUCCAGAAACAGUCUCAGCUGCAGGCGUACUUUAAUCAGAUGCAGAUAGCAGAGAGCUCGUACCCGCCGCCGAGUCAGCAGCUGCCCCUGCCCCGCCAGGAGACAGCCACGGCGUCGCCGCAGCCCCCGCCCUUCAGCCUGCCCCAGCCCCUGAGCCCCGUCCUGGAGCCCACUUCCGAGCAAAUGCAGUACAGCCCCUUCCUCAGCCAGUACCAGAUGCGGCUGCAGCCCCUGCCCUCUGCGCCCCGCCCCCGGGCUCCUCCACCACCGCCGCCGCCGCCCCCUGCGCAACAGGCAGGGGCUGCCCCGACCCCCUUACCAUUCUCCUAUCAGACUUGCGAGCUGCCAGGGGCUGCCUCGCCGGAGCCAGACUACCCCCCUCCCUGCCAGUACCCCAUGGAUGGAGGCCCGCAGAGCAGCCUAGCAGCACAGGACUGUCCCCGGAGCUCGGGACUGCAGGAGGCCCCCUCCAGCUACGACCCUCUAGCCCUCCCAGAGUUCCCCGGACUCUUCGAUUGUGAAAUGCUGGAGGCUGUGGACCCACAGCACAGUGGCUACGUCCUGGUAAAUUAACCUCAGCACAGGAAGUGAGGCGGGUCAAGUGAAGGAAGAAUGUCUAUUUCUCUUUUUAUUCCAGCCUUUUAAAUUUAAAGCUUAUUUUCCUGCCCUCUCCCAACUGGAGAAAAAGUUAAGUUCCCCAACUGGAAUCAGAGGGCCUGGCCGGGCACAUGUCGCUUUCUCCUGGCUCUGUCCCACCACCGUCUUCUGGGGCAAGUGCCGGAGUGUAGUGGUAGCUGAGGCUCAUGCCCUUACGUCAAGUGGAGCCAGCUCUCAUGGGAGGACUGACAGAUGUUUUUGUAAGAAGACAUGUGGCCCUAGGUUUUCUGUAGAACGACGCCAAUUGUUAUCAAGGGAAAUCUUUGGUAGAAGCAGGAAAAACUGUGCCAUUGGAUGUGGGCAAAACAAAAACAAAACAACACUAGAUUUUUCACUGAAGCCAAGCAACAGCACGUUCUGUUAGGCAAGUGAAGAAUAUGUAAUGGACUUUGAUGCACGGGAAGUAAAAGAAAAGUUGUGCUUGGUCACUGAGUCCUGAGUUUGAAGCUGCAGGUUGUCCCUGAGACCACUGCAACGAAGUGGAACGUG